AUGGAAACGCAACGCUUAAUCGGGGCCGAGCUUCCCCCUCCCCAUAUCACCCCAACUCCCACCAGGCCCCUCGACAGCAUGAGCAUCCAGCUGACCAAGAUCCCAUCCAACUGCUACGUCGUCAAGGGCAAGGUCAAGGCAGCGUUCCCCGAAGGCCCAAGCGGAGCCGUGCCGCCGACCCCUGACUCGCUCGGCUCCGACGUCGAGGGCCUCUUGACCGUGCCCCCAAGAGCGACAGCAAACCCCCGAAGCACCCCAUGGCGAAGAAACUCUCGCGCCAAGCGAACCCCUCGCAAGCCCACUACCCUCCCGCCCUCGGAUAGACGCAACAGUCAGUCGCAGCAAACCGACUCAACGCUCAACGAGCCAAGUGAACCAAACGCUCCGAGUAAUGAGCCGUACUGCUGCGUGAACUGCCACGGCCCGGCCAAGGGUUCCGGAUUCUGGAGGAGCCCCUUCAAGACGGGUUGGCAAAAGGUCUACGAGCUGCGCCACGGCCACCCCCGCUGCAGGACCAAGAAAGCAGAAGAAGAGCGCAAAAAGUGCAAACUGCAAAAGAUCAUCGAGGCGGACACCGUCGUCAAGCACCGCUACCACCCCAGCUACCACAACGCAGAGGUGCUCAUGGUCCGCUGGGGAGAAGUUCCGGACGCCGCGGCCCCGGCACCCAUGGAGAGGCUCGAAGCGGUCUUCGAGUCCGGGUACAAUUACAAAGUCAGCCACUGUGUUUUGCCUCGCCGUGAAGCGGAGCCAGUCCUCGCCGGUGCCAUUGCCAAGUUGAUCACCGGAAAGGGACCACACGAUCUCAUCCUCGUCUACUACGCCGGGCAGGCCCACACGACUCCCACCUCGUUCGCCAUCCACCCCCGCCCACGCUCCUUCAUCCUUACCCCAAGGUUACCAUUGACUUUAUGGGGAUUUUUGAGCGAACGCUAUGCGACCCGAGCCUCCUAUCGGACGUGCUCGUCAUCCUCGAUGCGCCCUUUGUAUGUUCGGGCCCAGCCAUUCCGCAGGAGGGGAAAGAGAUUCUAG